AUGAUCGUGGCUAUGGUGGCCAUCCGAAUUGCAGGGCAUCUGCCGGAACUAUUUGUCAGAUACAGCAGUGCAGAAGGGUUCUUAUUCCUCCAGGACAAUACUAUUCUUAAUUACUGGAACUUGCUGCAAGCAGACAAGCUUAAGCUCUGGAUCACGGACAAGGUCUCCAAGUCUUGGACUGCUGUCCCAAUUGAUGGAAACUCAGACUGGUUUAAACAGCAAGCAGAAUUGGUAGAGAAAGUUGUUAGUACAAUGCCAGUUCACUUGCAAGUCAAUUACAAAGAAUCCAUGAAAAAUGACCAGAGCCUUACAAUAUGUAAUUCUGAGGUAUUCUACAUUCCUCAGAAAUUUGUAGCAGACUUUAGUGAUCUUGUAAAUCUAGUGGGCGAUCUUAAUAUCCAUCACAAGGUUGCAAUACCACUGUUCUUCAUGGCAAUGGACUCGCCUCAGAAUUUUGACUCGGUGUUCAAUGCAAUGAUUUAUGAGCAAAAACCGCCUACUAAUUCUUCAACAUUUUAUUCUGCCGAAGUGCCUGCAAUUCACCCUUGGAAUGUGGCCAGUGAGCAGGAGUUCAUAAAGCUGAUUAGAAUAAUGGCAGCGGGUGAUCCACUGCUAAUGGAGUUAGCGUGA